AUGACCGAUGUUUUUCACCCACUCAAUUUUAGGUGCGUCAAGCGCUUCUUCUCCGACGAGCCCUUCAGGCAGUUCGAGGCGAGCAAGUACUUUCUGCGGUACCUGCAGUGGAAGGUGCUGGAGCUGCGGCCGGUCACGGGGAAGACCUUCCGCAUGUACCGCGUGCUGGGCAAGGGCGGCUUCGGCGAGGUGUGCGCCUGUCAGGUGCGCGCCACCGGGAAGAUGUACGCCUGCAAGAAGCUGGAGAAGAAGCGGAUUAAGAAGCGCAAGGGCGAGAUUAUGGUGCUGACGGAGAAGCAGAUUCUGCAGAAGGUCAACUCCCGUUUCGUGGUCAGCCUGGCGUACGCCUACGAGACGAAGGACUCGCUCUGUCUGGUGCUGACCAUCAUGAACGGCGGCGACCUCAAGUUCCACAUCUACAACAUGGGCUGCGAGCCGGGCUUCGACCUGCUGCGCGUCCGCUUCUACGCCGCCGAGAUCACCCAGGGCCUGGAGCACCUGCACUCUCUGGGCAUUGCCUACCGCGACCUGAAACCGGAGAAUAUUCUCCUCGACGACCAUGGCCACGUGAGGAUCAGCGACCUGGGCCUGGCGGUGGAGAUUCCCGAGACGGAGCAGGUGCGCGGAAGGGUGGGCACCGUCGGGUACAUGUCCCCCGAGGUGAUCGACAAUGAGAAGUACACCUUCAGUCCGGACUGGUUCAGUCUGGGCUGUCUGAUCUACGAGAUGAUCGAGGGACAGGCGCCCUUUAGGGCGAGAAAGGAAAAGGUGAAGCGAGAAGAAGUGGAGCGGAGGGUGAAAGAGGACGAGGAGGUGUACUCGAGCAAGUUUAGCGAGGACGCGCAGGUCAUCUGCAAACAGCUACUGAAGAAGCGAGUACGAGAUCGUCUGGGCUGCAGCAGCGGCCGUCACGGUGCCAAGGACGUCAAAACGAACCCCUUCUUCGCCUCCAUCAACUGGAAACGCCUCGAGGCUGGUCUCCUCGACCCGCCCUUUGUGCCCGAUCCUCACGCCGUCUACGCAAAGGACGUCCUCGACAUUGAGCAGUUCAGCACGGUGAAGGGCGUGGCGAUUGACGCCAGCGACGACACCUUCUACUGCAAGUUCUCCACCGGCUGCGUCUCCAUUCCCUGGCAGAAUGAGAUCAUCGAGACGGAGUGCUUCGAGGAGCUGAGCGCCUUUGGCCCCGACGGCGCCCUCACGCCGGACCUCAUCAUCGGCACCGGACCGCCGGAGCCCGAGUCUCGCAGCUGUUUUCCCUUUCUGCGCAAGCGAAAGAACCGUGCAGCCAAGAAUGCCUCCAAACUGCAGCAGCAGCAGCUUCAACAGCAGCAGCUACUGCAGCUCCAACAGCAGCAACCGUCUCAGCCGUCACAGCCGUUGACAGGCAAUGAAUGUGAUGUGAUCACCAACACCACCACCACCGAGUCCAUGCACGGGAGCUCCGUUUGA